CUUCCUGCAGCCCCGCUGACCACCCCAUUCAACCCACCGACUCUGCAUGCCGAGACCAAAUCGCGACUUCAGCCAACAGUCGAAUGUGUAGUGAUUGUUACGCAAACAUGUAUCUUUGACAUAUAUAAAUCAGCGGCUCUUUUCAGACCUCUCCUGCCAUCCAACACACCGAAACAACAGUCCCUAGGCGGCUUGUCUUAACGCAGUACUCUGAUGUUUUCAUCCGUACCUCUUCGCAAGCUUGGCAAGGAUGGCCCCGAGAUACCUUCUAUGGGAUAUGGUAUGAUGGGGUUGUCUCAACCUGUCUAUGGCAGUGUUUCCAGCGAGGAAGAUAAGUUCGCCAUCUUGGAUAGAGCUUAUGGGCUUGGAGCCAGACAUUGGGAUUCUUCUGAUCUAUACAAUGACAACGAAGAAACGGUUGGUAAGUGGUUCAAGCGGACUGGCAAACGAGACGAGAUUUUUCUGGCGACCAAGUUCGGCUUCGUCAAGGGCAAGUUUCCUGAACUGAACAGUACGGGCGAGUAUGCAAAGAAGGCUUGCGAGGAGAGUCUGAGGAUUUUGGGGGUUGAGUAUAUUGAUCUGUACUAUCUCCACCAUCCCGACCCGAAAACGCCGAUUGAAGACACCAUGAGAGGGUUGAAAGAGCUCCAAGAUCAAGGCAAGAUCAAACACAUCGGUCUCUCCUCAAUCUCAUCCAAGACCCUCCUCCGCGCCUCCAAGAUCACUAAAAUCUCCGCUGUCCAAGUCGGCUAUUCUCCCUUUGAACUCGACAUCGAAAGCUCCAAAGGAACGGAUCUCCUCGCUACCUGCCGUCACCUCGGUAUCGCCGUCAUAGCCGCCAUGCCACUCGGAAGAGGAAUCUUGACUUCCACCUUCGCCAACAACACACCUCUAGACCCGAAAGACAUGCGACCGCAAUUCAUGCCCAGAUUUCAAGCAGCCAACAAACAGAAAAACGUCGACAUCGCCAAACGGUGGAAAAACCUGGCUGAUAGCAAAAACUGCACAUCUGCUCAGCUAGCACUCGCAUGGUUACUCAAGCAAGGACAGGACAUUUUCGUCAUCCCUGGAACCAAGCAGAUCAAGUAUUUGGAAGAAAAUUGUGGAGCUUUGGGGGUUGGGCUCAGUGAUGAGGAUGUUGCGCAGAUUAGGCGGUUUGCAGAGACUGCUGAUAUUGCUGGUGGAAGCCUGCCUCCCAACUUUGAGAAUUUUACGUUUUCUGAUACUGUGGAGGAACGGAGUUGGGAGGGUUAAUUGGGGGUGUGGGUAUGGUUGUGUGCAGGUUAACAAAAUCCAUCAAGGGUUGUCAUGUUCCAAGU